GCGUGGAGGCCGCGCGCCCCCUGCGCGCGCUCUCGCCGGGGUCGCCGGACAAAGCUCGGCUCCCCAUCUCCCGAGGCGAGCCAGAGGUCCGGCCCCCAGUCGUCGGCCGAGUGGCCAGGGCUGCAACAAUAGGCAGGCGUCGGGGCUUUUCUGGCUACGUUGUAACGGGUCCUCGCCUUUUUGGUGAGGCUGCAAUCGAGACUCAGUAGCAAAAACCCCAGCUAUGUCCAGCGUCGCCCGGACACGAGCAUUAGCAGCCCCCUUGGGUUAGGAGACCUAAAAUUUUAUUAAAAGUCGCCUCAUUCCAGAUUGUCAAGGAAAGGAGACCACUGUCCACAGCUCCUGUGAAGAUGUCCACUCCAGACCCACCCCUGGGUGGAACUCCUCGGCCGGGACCUUCCCCAGGCCCAGGCCCCUCGCCUGGAGCCAUGCUGGGUCCUAGCCCGGGUCCCUCACCGGGCUCUGCCCACAGCAUGAUGGGGCCCAGCCCGGGGCCACCCUCAGCAGGACACCCCAUCCAGACUCAGGGGCCUGGAGGGUACCCUCAGGACAACAUGCACCAGAUGCACAAGCCAAUGGAGUCCAUGCACGAGAAGGGCAUGCCAGAUGACCCUCGCUACAACCAGAUGAAAGGCAUGGGCAUGCGGUCGGGGGGCCACGCGGGCAUGGGGCCCCCACCCAGCCCCAUGGACCAGCACUCCCAAGGUUACCCCUCACCCCUGGGUGGCUCCGAGCAUGCCUCCAGUCCGGUUCCAGCCAGCGGCCCAUCCUCGGGUCCCCAGAUGUCAUCUGGGCCAGGAGGGGCCCCGCUGGAUGGCGCCGACCCCCAGGCAUUGGGGCAGCAGAACCGGGGGCCGACCCCUUUUAACCAGAACCAGCUGCACCAGCUGAGAGCUCAGAUCAUGGCCUAUAAGAUGCUGGCCAGGGGGCAGCCCCUCCCCGACCACCUGCAGAUGGCCGUGCAGGGAAAGCGGCCGAUGCCUGGGAUGCAGCAGCAGAUGCCAACACUACCUCCACCCUCGGUGUCCGCAACUGGACCCGGUCCCGGGCCUGGCCCUGGCCCUGGCCCAGGUCCAGGACCAGCACCUCCAAAUUACAGCAGGCCUCACGGUAUGGGAGGGCCCAACAUGCCCCCACCAGGACCCUCAGGCGUGCCCCCCGGGAUGCCAGGCCAGCCCCCCGGAGGGCCUCCCAAGCCCUGGCCUGAAGGGCCCAUGGCGAAUGCUGCUGCCCCCACCAGCACCCCUCAGAAGCUGAUCCCCCCGCAGCCAACGGGCCGCCCUUCACCUGCGCCCCCUGCCGUCCCGCCCGCCGCCUCACCCGUGAUGCCGCCCCAGACACAGUCCCCAGGGCAGCCGGCCCAGCCCGCCCCCAUGGUGCCGCUGCACCAGAAGCAGAGCCGCAUCACCCCCAUCCAGAAGCCGAGGGGCCUUGACCCCGUGGAGAUCCUGCAGGAGCGGGAGUACAGGCUGCAGGCUCGCAUCGCGCACCGAAUUCAGGAACUUGAAAACCUUCCCGGGUCCCUGGCCGGGGAUUUGCGAACCAAAGCGACCAUUGAGCUCAAGGCCCUCAGGCUCCUGAACUUCCAGAGGCAGCUGCGCCAGGAGGUGGUGGUGUGCAUGCGCAGGGACACAGCCCUGGAGACGGCCCUCAACGCCAAGGCCUACAAGCGCAGCAAGCGGCAGUCGCUGCGCGAGGCCCGCAUCACUGAGAAGCUCGAGAAGCAGCAGAAGAUCGAGCAGGAGCGCAAGCGCCGGCAGAAGCACCAGGAAUACCUCAAUAGCAUUCUUCAGCAUGCCAAGGAUUUCAAAGAAUACCACAGAUCAGUCACAGGCAAAAUCCAGAAGCUCACCAAGGCGGUGGCCACGUACCAUGCCAACACGGAGCGGGAACAGAAGAAAGAAAAUGAAAGGAUUGAGAAGGAGAGAAUGCGGAGGCUCAUGGCUGAAGACGAGGAGGGCUACCGCAAGCUCAUUGACCAGAAGAAGGAUAAGCGCCUGGCCUACCUCUUGCAGCAGACGGACGAAUACGUGGCUAACCUCACGGAGCUGGUGCGGCAGCACAAGGCUGCCCAGGUCGCCAAGGAGAAGAAGAAGAAAAAGAAAAAGAAGAAGGCAGAAAACGCAGAGGGACAGACGCCUGCAAUCGGGCCGGAUGGUGAGCCUCUGGACGAAACCAGCCAGAUGAGUGACCUUCCUGUGAAAGUGAUCCACGUGGAGAGUGGCAAGAUCCUCACGGGUACAGAUGCCCCCAAAGCAGGGCAGCUGGAGGCCUGGCUGGAGAUGAACCCGGGGUACGAGGUAGCUCCGAGAUCUGAUAGUGAAGAAAGUGGCUCAGAAGAGGAGGAAGAGGAGGAGGAGGAGGAGCAGCCUCAGCCAGCGCAGCCUCCCACCCUGCCAGUGGAGGAGAAGAAGAAGAUUCCAGAUCCAGACAGUGAUGAUGUCUCUGAGGUGGACGCAAGGCACAUCAUUGAGAAUGCCAAACAAGAUGUUGAUGACGAGUACGGUGUGUCCCAGGCCCUCGCGCGUGGCCUGCAGUCCUACUACGCUGUGGCCCAUGCCGUCACCGAGAGAGUGGACAAGCAGUCAGCACUUAUGGUCAACGGCGUCCUCAAACAGUACCAGAUCAAAGGCCUGGAGUGGCUGGUGUCCUUGUACAACAACAACCUGAACGGCAUCCUGGCGGACGAGAUGGGCCUGGGGAAGACCAUCCAGACCAUCGCGCUCAUCACGUACCUCAUGGAGCACAAGCGCAUCAACGGCCCUUUCCUCAUCAUCGUACCUCUCUCAACACUGUCCAACUGGGCGUAUGAAUUCGACAAGUGGGCCCCCUCCGUGGUGAAGGUGUCCUACAAGGGCUCCCCGGCAGCAAGGCGGGCUUUUGUUCCCCAGCUCCGGAGCGGGAAGUUCAACGUCUUGCUGACAACAUACGAGUACAUCAUUAAAGACAAGCACAUCCUCGCCAAGAUCCGUUGGAAGUACAUGAUUGUGGACGAAGGCCACCGCAUGAAGAACCACCACUGCAAGCUGACGCAGGUGCUCAACACGCACUACGUGGCCCCCCGCCGCCUGCUGCUGACGGGCACGCCGCUGCAGAACAAGCUCCCCGAGCUCUGGGCGCUGCUCAACUUCCUGCUGCCCACCAUCUUCAAGAGCUGCAGCACCUUUGAGCAGUGGUUCAAUGCGCCCUUUGCCAUGACCGGUGAGAAGGUGGACCUGAACGAGGAGGAGACCAUCCUCAUCAUCCGGCGUCUCCACAAAGUGCUGCGGCCCUUCCUGCUCCGGCGGCUCAAGAAGGAGGUGGAGGCCCAGUUGCCCGAAAAGGUGGAGUACGUCAUCAAGUGUGACAUGUCUGCGCUGCAGCGAGUGCUAUACCGACACAUGCAGGCCAAGGGCGUGCUGCUGACCGACGGCUCAGAGAAGGACAAGAAGGGCAAAGGUGGCACCAAGACCCUGAUGAACACCAUCAUGCAGCUGAGGAAAAUCUGCAACCACCCCUACAUGUUCCAGCACAUCGAGGAGUCCUUUUCUGAGCACUUGGGCUUCACCGGUGGCAUCGUCCAAGGACUGGAUCUGUACCGAGCCUCGGGUAAAUUUGAGCUUCUCGACAGAAUUCUUCCGAAACUCCGUGCAACCAACCAUAAAGUGCUGCUGUUCUGCCAGAUGACCUCUCUCAUGACCAUCAUGGAAGAUUAUUUUGCAUAUCGUGGCUUUAAAUACCUCAGGCUCGACGGAACCACGAAGGCCGAGGACCGGGGCAUGCUGCUGAAAACCUUCAACGAGCCCGGCUCCGAGUACUUCAUCUUCCUGCUCAGCACGCGCGCCGGGGGACUCGGCCUGAACCUCCAGUCGGCCGACACUGUGAUCAUCUUCGACAGCGACUGGAAUCCUCACCAGGACCUGCAAGCACAGGACCGAGCCCACCGCAUUGGGCAGCAGAAUGAGGUGCGCGUGCUCCGCCUCUGCACGGUCAACAGUGUGGAGGAGAAGAUCCUGGCCGCGGCCAAGUACAAGCUCAACGUGGACCAGAAGGUGAUCCAGGCUGGCAUGUUUGAUCAGAAGUCGUCCAGCCACGAGCGGCGCGCCUUCCUGCAGGCCAUCUUGGAGCACGAGGAGCAGGACGAGAGCAGACACUGCAGCACGGGCAGCGGCAGUGCCAGCUUCGCCCACACUGCCCCUCCGCCAGCGGGCGUCAACCCCGACUUGGAGGAGCCACCUCUAAAGGAGGAAGACGAGGUCCCCGACGACGAGACCGUCAACCAGAUGAUCGCCCGGCACGAGGAGGAGUUCGAUCUGUUCAUGCGCAUGGAUCUGGACCGCAGGCGUGAGGAGGCCCGCAACCCCAAGCGGAAGCCGCGCCUGAUGGAGGAGGACGAGCUCCCCUCAUGGAUCAUCAAGGAUGACGCUGAGGUUGAGCGGUUGACCUGCGAGGAGGAGGAGGAGAAGAUGUUUGGCCGUGGCUCCCGCCACCGCAAGGAGGUGGACUACAGCGACUCGCUGACCGAGAAGCAGUGGCUCAAGACCCUGAAGGCCAUCGAGGAGGGCACGCUGGAGGAGAUCGAAGAGGAGGUCCGGCAGAAGAAAUCAUCGAGGAAGCGCAAGCGGGACAGCGACGCCGGCUCCUCCACGCCGACCACCAGCACUCGCAGCCGCGACAAGGACGAUGAGAGCAAGAAGCAGAAGAAGCGCGGGCGGCCUCCUGCCGAGAAGCUCUCCCCGAACCCGCCCAACCUCACCAAGAAGAUGAAGAAGAUCGUGGACGCCGUGAUCAAGUACAAGGACAGCAGCAGUGGACGGCAGCUCAGCGAGGUGUUCAUCCAGCUGCCCUCACGCAAGGAGCUGCCCGAGUACUACGAGCUCAUCCGCAAGCCUGUGGACUUCAAGAAGAUAAAGGAGCGCAUCCGCAGCCACAAGUACCGCAGCCUCGGCGACCUGGAGAAGGACGUCAUGUUGCUGUGCCAGAACGCGCAGACCUUCAACCUCGAGGGCUCCCUGAUCUAUGAAGACUCCAUCGUGCUGCAGUCGGUCUUCACCAGCGUGAGGCAGAAGAUUGAGAAGGAGGAUGACAGUGAAGGCGAGGAGAGCGAGGAGGAGGAGGAGGGCGAGGAAGAAGGCUCCGAGUCCGAGUCGCGCUCCGUCAAAGUGAAGAUCAAGCUGGGCCGGAAGGAGAAGGCGCAGGACCGGCUGAAGGGGGGCCGGCGGCGGCCGAGCCGAGGGUCCCGGGCCAAGCCGGUCGUGAGCGAUGACGACAGCGAGGAGGAGCAGGAAGAGGACCGCUCAGGAAGUGGCAGCGAGGAAGACUGAGCCCCGACAUUCCAGUCUCGACCCCAAGCCCUCGUUCCAGAGCCGAGAUGGUGUAGCCCUUAGCAGUAACGGGUAGCAGCAGGCGUAGUUUCAGACUUGGGGUAAAACUGUAUAAACAAACAAGAAUCUUCCAUAUUUAUACGGCACAGAAGAUGUAGGACUGUCUGUCUGGCCCUGUCCCGGCCUCAGUAGCGUCUGUAACAGCAUUAACUGUUUUAAAGAGAGAGCAAGAGAAUUAUGAAUUGGGGAACACAUGAUACCUGUUUUUCUUUUCCUUUCCUGGCAGUCCUUUUGCAGCCGCAGUUUGGAAUCACUGUAGUUUAAGCCGUGGAUGCAUGUGUGUAGCCGUCCACUCCUCGUACUGUAUUUUAUCGGACAGGUCAGACUCGCCGGGGGCCCGGCGGGGCUAUGUCAGUGUCACUGGAUGUCAAACAGUAAUAAAUUAAACCAACAACAAAACUCCA